AUAUUUCUGUUACUUGUUUUAGAAAAGCCUCAUCCACCUUCACUUCCUGAUCUGAUGGUCUGCAUUAGACCUCUACCAUGACGUCACCCCUGUUUUUCCCCUUUUAGCUUUACCCAGAGACUUUCAACUGGUCUGUCUCUCACUUCGUGGUGGAGCUCAGGACAAGUGUAUGCAUUCUUGAUGUAUUAUGCAGUGUCUGCUCACUUUUUACCCUGCCUGUCCUUCCUGAACAAGUUCUACCCCUCUAUGCCAAUAUCAGAGUCCUGAGAUUUAUCCCACCAAGUCAUAAUUUAGCUUCGGGGCACGUACUUCCUGUUUACUCCCCAUUUGUGUGUAGACACAGAAGAUGUUGAGCAGAUUCCCUGACUGAGUUCCCUCUUCUUGUUCCUAUGACCAGAUUGUACUUUUCCGUGUCCUCCCAACAUCUAGCUUUCCGUUCAAGUUGUCUUUUCUAUGUUUACCUAGGCCAGCCUUUGAACCUAGUUUAAAUCCCUCCUCCCACUUACACCACCCGUGCAGCUGUGUAUUCAUCUCCAGAAUGCCCAUGUCCCUGCCUGGGCCCUUAUCCUCCACCGGAAGGAUGGAUGAGAACAGAACCUGAGCCCCUGGCCCCUUCACCCUCAGUCCCAGAGCCUUGAAGUCACUGGUGAGCUGCUCAGGCUCAGACCUGGCAGUAUCAUUACUGCCCACAUGGAGGAGCAGCAUGGGGUAGUGCUCAGAGGCGCUUGGCAACCUCUAUGUGACGUCUCAGACACAGGCCCCAGGCAGGCCACACCCCUCCUGGGACAGCAUCUCAGGGUGACAGAGGGGGGCCUCCACGCUCCUCGGGAGGGAGACCCUUUCGUUCUAAAAUCACAGCCUGGAGUUUCCAGCUGAGAAAAUCAACCAACCAAAAAACAAAACUGGAGGCGGUUUCUGCAUCAUUUCAUUUGUUUCUCUAACCUGCUCCAGCCACGCUGCCCCUCUCGCUAACGGGAGGGCUGGAAAUCUGCCUGCUGCACAGGGACACUCUGCCCCAUUUAAGGGGGUCUGUACAUCGCACUUGCUUUGCUAAGGAGCCUUUGGUGUGGGAAUUCUUGAGUAAUCAGAGGGUUCUCCUUUAAUAAAUGCAACAGGCCACUUGUUGGUAUCAAGACCCGUCUGUGUAAAUACACGAUUCUCUCUGUUUGGGGAGCAGGUUCCCCCUCUGUUUGUUUAAGCUGCCUUCCCGCUUUGACCUGCAGAGCUCAUGGCACCCCAGGCCCUGGCGAUCUCCGCUCAGCCUCUGGCCUCUGAGGAAGGGAAGCACAGGAAGCCUUCUGCCUGCUUUAUUUGGCUGGCUUCCCCUCCUGCCUUCGCUCUCUGGGGCUCUGUGCUUGCAGGCGGAGGAUGAGAGGAGGGACACUGGGGUGGCGGUGGGAAAAGAGAAAGGGAGAGUGAGACAGGAGUGAAUAGCUCCGCCAAAGAGGAGCAGACAGGAAAGGAAAUCUCCCGGCAAUAAUUCAUUGGCUCAGGAAGCCAGUGAUGGGCAAACACUCCCUGUGUGUCUAAGGGGCUGUUCUGAUCUUUCAGAGCUGCAGCAGGCUUUGGCUAACCCUAGCAGGAGGGUUUCUUCUCUGCUAGGCCGCUGGUUUGCAGAGGGUCUGAGAGGAGCGGAAUUGCUGAACCCCAAGUGAAUUCAGAGGCUUUUGCUGCUCAGAUCUCUCUCCACUUCAGGAAAAAAAACUUCAUUUUUUCCACUGCCGGCACACACCUUCCUCCUGGGGUGAGAGGAAAUGCUCCUACUCAGCCAUGCUCCAACCUAGCAUUCAGAGAGCUUUAUCUUAGCAAAAGCUGUUUUUUAACUAGGAUGAUUUAUAUGAUUAAUGGAAAACCCAGAUCUAGGGGAGCAACUCACCGCUCCUCCAAUCCCUGCCUCAGCCAGCAGGUAUCACUGGAGGGGAUGGUGUAGGAGCACUGGUGGUGUGAGCAGCUCCCAGCUACUCCGCUCUCAAGCCUGUCCCCACGGAGCGCACGCCAGGGAAUGAGCCCCUAUGGGGGACUGAAAGUGACUCCAUCACAGCCUCUCCCAGCAGCUGGCUUUACGGGAAUGGGAGACGAGCACUGUCCAUAGAGGAUCUUUAGCGUCUGCAUUCACAGUGUGCAAGAUUCCCCCAAGAGGAAUCACUGGAGGUAGGCGCUGAAGGAUUGCAUUUUUAUCGGGAAAGGGCGAUAAUCGUCAGUUUCACCAGGCACACACACACCAACAAACAGUAUGUGCCUUGAUGCUCCUUGAAAUGUGCAGCUCGGCCCCAGAAGAAACCUGCUGUUGAGAAGUUAUCGUAAGCUGAUUUGAGGCUCUCGACUCGGUAUGUUUUGACAUGUGAUGCCGACACUGUGUGUGUUAACGGCUCUGAAGCUUGCACUUUUGGAACCUCAACAUCUGCUGUCGUUAAAUCAUUUCUGUCUGACCCUCCCCCCACCCCACCCUCCAUCAUUUCUCGCAACUGUGAAAAUUUAAAGCAAUCGAAAUAGGGAAAAAACGCUUAAACAUAAACAUGGAUAUUAUCUGUCAGAAUCAUUACAAAAUAGAAAGUGAAUGCCAAGCCCAGCGAUAGGCAGAAAUACAGGGCUGCUGGCCCGGCGGAGGUCAAGGGUAAAGAAGGCCCAGCCCCUCCAGGAGGUGACCCAGGGCAGCGUUUGAAAGCUCAGCUCCUCUUCAGGAAAAUGAAACCAUCCCCACCAUGUGCUACUAAAGCGCCCUGCCCAUCUUAAUGUCUACAUCUUCUGUGCCCUCCACAAGCUAGUCCUUCAACCCUGCAUGCCCCACACUUGGGGAACGUGCAGCAGGGAGCAGUGCAUGGGUGCUGGCUCUGUGGAAGCUCUUCUGGGGGUGCUAGACCGGUGCUGGCUGUGGGGGGCCUUGCAGCCUGCAGAGGGGGCAGGGUGGGCUGUGAAGUCGGCUGGAGCUGCCUGGUCUGUCUGUGUCAGGAGAAGUUAGUACGGAAGCAGCAUUUGCAGCAGCUCCCCAGCGGGCCGCAGAUCUCUGAUGUGCAGUAACACUUCCCAGCACAGCCUGUGCCCAGCUGCAGCCUGUUUAGAUUCAUUGCGGUGUGCCGCCCCCGCAGGGCUCUGUUUGCAAGGUGUCUGCGCACAGUAAAAGGGCCCCCAUCCCGAUCCUUGUAAAGUACAGAAUAGAAGCAGCGUCUGCUGGCUUUAAAUUCUGGGGGCUGGGAGAGCACCACAGUCCUGUUGGCUGGAUGGAAAAGUCCAAGGCAGCCCCAUUGGCUGGCCAGGAAUCUGCUCCUAGUUCCUAGCCCCUCCCAGGACUUAUAUAGAGAGAUUCUUGUGAAUCCCACUAGAGCAAACUGUACCACCCUCUCCGACUCGAAAGGGGAGAAGCUGGAGCAACAGCUGGGAAGACGUCAGGACCUGCAGCGGGGGUGGGGAGGGCUUCCUGCUUGUGUCCGUGCAUUGCGAGCCCUUGAACGCCACCAGGGUGAGCCUCUGGAGUGAGCCCCUGGUGCUCCAGCGAGGAGCCAGGCUGCCUCUCAGAGCCCUUCCAGCCUGGAGCGCAGAGGUGUCUUGCUGCUGAAGGCUCCCAGAGAGCAGAGGGGCCCUGGGUCUGGGGGCAAACCCCACCAUGGCGUUCACCAUGCUGAGACCCGUGGCAGCUCACAUGCUGUACCCAGACCUCAGCAUGCUCUCUGAGGACGAGGAGAACCGGAGCGAGAGCGAUGCCUCGGACCAGUCCUACGGCUGCUAUGAGGACCUGGAGACCAGGAGGAAGGUGGCCAGGAAGCCAGGCCAGGUGGUGAUGGUGAAGCAGAGGCAGGCGGCUAACGCCCGGGAGAGGGACCGGACGCAGAGCGUCAACACGGCCUUCACCGCCCUGCGGACCCUCAUCCCCACCGAGCCCAUGGAUAGGAAGCUGUCCAAGAUUGAGACCCUCCGCCUGGCCUCGAGCUACAUCUCCCACCUGGCCAACGUGCUGCUGCUCGGAGAGGGCUGCGAGGACGGGCAGCCCUGCUUCAGCACCAUCUAUGGCUCCAAGGGGGAGCUGGACAACAAACAGCCCCGCAGCAUCUGCACCUUCUGCCUCAGCAACCAGAGGAAAGGGGGCAGCCGGAGGGAGCUUGCAGGCAACUGCCUGAAGGCGCGAGGGGUGAACCCAAUGCGGGUGCCGCGGAGAUGAGCCUGAGCUGCGGGAGCAUCUGCCUGAGGAGCCAGGCCAGGUGGCCGAACCCCAGAACACAUGAGCUUGAUAUUCAAGACCAGGGUGGGGGAAGGAGCAUGGGACCCCUGGAGCUCAAGGAAAGGAAAGCCUAUGUGAAAUGAGCGCACACUCAAAGGACUACAUGGAGACACAGGGGGCUGGGGCUGCACCGACUUGGACUGAAAGGCAGGACGAUGCUCUAGAUGCAAAUAAGGGAGAGAGAGAGAGUGACCGCUCCUCUGCCAUCCACUGUGCCUUCCCUCACGGCCAGCAGGAGCCCGGGGCAGCAGGGCUCACUGACCCCUGGAAGGGGAUAUUGGCCCAGUGGCUGCAGGACAGAGGAGCGAGCAAGGGCGAGAGUGUAAAAUAUUGUUCAAUGGUUAGUUUCGAUACAGAGCUUUAUGAGAGUUAAGAUUAUUGCAGGUCUCCAUGGUCACUAUUUUUUUUUUUUUUCAUAUUCAGCAGGUUUGAAAAUAAAGUUAUUUUUUUGAUCA